UCUAUUAUAUAUAUUUGCUGUUUUAUGCCACAUUUGUGGUAUGUCACUAUGUACUAGAUUUAAAUACGAAUUCAAUUACUACAGUGACCGAUACGCGCUGUUGUUUUGUUAGAGUCCUAAGUGAAGUCAGCAUGAGUCAGACUCAGAGGGCGUGUAGUCAGUCUAACAGUAGUAAGGCACAGGGUACAGUACUCAGUACUUUUUUGGCAGUUGAUAUGGAUCCUGCUCAUAGAAAGAUACUCACCAAGAAUCUUGUAGCAUUCUGUAAUGACUUACAAGUGGAGCUCGUCAUGGUAGAGUUGGAAACAAGUGGGAUGUUUCUGCAAUUCCACGUGGACAUGAUCCUGGCAGAGAAGGUAGAGUUCAAUAAACGGAAGAAGGUCGUGCAGCUGGUUCAGCAGAGUGGCCCUAAAGCGUUUGACUUAUUUCACCGAGCGUUGCAGAACACAAACCAGACGCACCUAGCGAACUUAUUGAAGCCAGAUGUCACAGUGCCAUUCUUACGGAGCACGCCUCCAGAAGCCAAGAGCGCGGCGCCAUCUUUCAAGGCAAAAUAUCUUCCGAGCGACACUCCCGCCAACCUGAUAGAUGUUGACGUGCGUCCUGGGCGGCCCGCCCCAUACAACCCGCUUGACGCGUACCGCAUGGAGAGUGCCCCGAGCGGACUGUGCUUGAUCGUAAACAACAGAGCGUUUGAGCGGCUCAGCGAGCGGCGGGGCACGGACCUCGACGCGCUCAACGUGCGCUUGCUCUUUGAGGGUCUCGGAUUCGCGGUACUGCCGGAGAAGAAGGACCGCACCGUCACGCAGAUGAGAGAAGAGCUGGAGUUCUUUGCUGCGCGGCCCGACCACAGAGACUGCGCCGUCGUCGUCGUCCUUAGCCAUGGCACGUGGCGCAAUGGCGACGAGAUACACGGCGUCGACGGGAGGCCCGCAGAUGGCACCACGCUCAACUUCAAUGACCUGUUGAGGAUGUUCGGAAGGGAACAAGCACCAGCACUCAAAGACAAGCCAAAGUUGUUUAUCAUCCAGGCAUGUAGAGGUGAAGAUACUGACCUCGGUAGCCCACAGACAAAGUCUGAUGCCUCGGAUGGCUCCAGUAGUCCCCCACGGGCACAACAAAUGUCAGAGGCUCCCCCUAGUGGUAUCGAGGAAACAGACGCGCAGCCAAUUGUCGUAGAGAUGAAGCCGAGAGAUCCAAACAUGGGUGAUCACAUCGUGUGUCGUUCUACGAUGCCAGGUUUCAAGUCGUGGAGAAACGAGGUGAGGGGCUCAUGGUUUAUACAGUCCCUCGUUGAGGUGUUUAUGAACUACGCCUGCACAGACAACAUCAACGAUCUCAUGACGAAGGUCAACCAACUGGUCGCCACAAGGUAUCAGUCACUAGAUGGAGCCAAGCAGAUGCCGGUAUUUGAGAGCAGUCUGAGGAAGCCAUUCUACUUCAACCCCACGGGAACACAGUGAAGCAGAUGACAACUCAACGCAAUACAGCUUGCAGCAACGUCACAACAUACAGCAAUUUCGCAAUCGCUAUGCAAUAGCUCGUGAUAACAUGAGGAUUUUCAGAGAGAAUAGGUUCAUACGAUGAGUCUCUUACCGUACUCUUGAUGAUGAAGUUUGUAAUGAGUUCUGAAAAUGCUUGCAAUGAUGUAAAACGUUGCAGAUGAAAUUAAUGGAUUGGAAGGAAUUUAUGGUGACACAUUUUUUGUACAUUGUGUGAAGAAUGGUGGUUGACUUUUAAAAUUGGUUACUGCAAAAUAUUUUAAUUUACAGUAAAAUACAAUUACAUAAUUACUACAUAACAUCAGGAGUGAAUAAUAAUAGAUUCUA